CAACGCUGAAAGGUUGAAAACAGGCAGUUAGCUGCCAACUUAUUUUUCGUUGACUCGAAAUUUUCGUUUCUCCAAAUAUUUACCCACAAUAGCAGUACCGGUACAAGUAUAAUUGCCUGUCACAUGACUCUACAUGCGUCGGCAUGGACAACCGUUGUUUUUGUUGUGCAUCAAAGUUCAGCCUCUUCAAGAAGGAGCUGGGCUGUAAGAGCUGUGGCCGCUCCUUCUGCUCCAGCUGUUUGACUUUCAGUGCUGUGGUGCCUCGCUGUGGCACCACCCAACAACAGAAGGUGUGCAAACAGUGCCACGGCAAUCUGACAAGUGGGGAGUCUCAAAGCAGUGCUGGAAGAUGGUCCCCUCCAGAAAAUUACAAAAAACGGGUCGCUGCAUUUGAGGCCAAACAGCAGGGACAGUCGACACAGCCUCUUGCACAUGGAGGAUGUAGAAAUAGCAAAGGAGGCCAUCUACCUGCCAAAGGCCUGAGCAAAGAAGAUCAGGCUAUUGCUGAAAGACUUCAAAAGCUCAAAGAGGAUACUACACCCAAGUCUAUCCCCUCUGAGAGAGAUCUUGAGUCUCGCCUCGCUGCUCUGAAAGCUCCCAGCCGGCCAGUGCCUUCUGCAGAGGAGAUGGAGGACCGUCUGGCAGCUCUGCGGGGUCUGCCUCCACAAUCUCAAGUUCCUCCAGCUGUGCACAAGCCUCCAGAUAACAGGACUCAGACUGAACAAGCCAAUGAUCUGCUUAAUCAGAUGACAGAGGAAGUUGCCAUUGAUGAGCAACAAUCAAAUCCUGAAUGCAGUGCCAAUGGCCGUAUGAAUGAUCUUAACAAGGGGGAGGGGGGGAUACUGGAUGAGAAUUUGGAGGAGAACCAGGAUGCGGUCAAGCAGCUGGAGGUUGAGAAAGCCCGUCUGCUGGAGGAGGCCAUGGAGGAGCUGAGGAAGGAGCGGCAUUCCCAGGAUCAGAUCCUCCACAUGGCCAAGAGGAUGGCCCAGCUGAAGGGGCAGGACCCAGACAAAGUUACUAUGGAGGACUUCCAGCACCCUGACAGUGAUGAGGAGACUGAGGAGGAAGCAGUGAGGAGAGUGUUGAAACAGCUCUCAGAAGAAGCUGCGCUGGAUGAGGCCAGUGGCUACAACAUACCUUUAGAACAGAGUGGACCGAGGAACACAGAAAAGAAAAAAACUUCAAAGAAACCGACACAGGCUCCAGCUCCCAGGAGUAGGAUUUCACCAGCUGCUGUAGCACAUCAGCCAUCAGACAGUGAUGAAGAUGAACUUCCAUGGUGCUGCAUCUGUAACCAAGACGCCACGCUUCGCUGUCACACCUGUGAUGGAGACCUUUACUGCAACCGCUGCUUCAGGGAAGGCCAUGAUAAAUAUGACAGGAUGGAGCAUCGCACCACCAACUACACUGCGCCAAAGAAGAAGAGGAAGACAUGAUAGUUAGAUUGUGCUGUAGGUGUUUGCCUUAUCAGGCUCUUGUCAGUCAUCACCCUUAGACUUGUGCUUUAGCCUUAAGUGACCUCUUAUUGUCUAAAAAACUGUGUCUCAGAGUUUUAAACACCACCUAUUAUCUAAAGCAAUCCAGAACUCCUCAUUUAACCUCUAACUUAUCGUAUCCAAUCUGUCCAAAGUGGAUAUAAAUAUGUGUCUAUGUAGACCUCAGGAGGAGCAGCAUCUGCUUUCUAUAAUUGCAAACACUGAUCUAGAUGAACAGAAUAAUCAAUUAAACAAUAGGUAAGCAAAGCAUAGACAUAGACUUUAAUGCAAAUGCAAUACAGUGUAUAUAUAAUGAGUGGAACAUAGCUUUUAUUUUUUCUGUAAUGUAUGAAAAUAGAGGUAAGUGAAUCUUGCAGAGGCUGCUAGACAUGUUGUAUUUUAGCAAAACUGUACCGCUACACACAGAAAAGUUUUAAGCUGUCCAAUGCAGUAAGACGCUUGAAGUUUUUUCUUCUGUCACCUGUCCUACUUCCUAAAGGCAACAAAGGCUCAUCUUAGACUCACAUUGCACUUGUCACCAUUGGAUAGUUUUUUUUUUUUUUUGAAUUGACAACACAUACAGAAAGCAGACACAUCAUGAGCUCAUCUGCAGUGAUGCACAGUCCCAGACUACUGUCAGCUCUGGACCGAAGAAGCAUAGAGGAGUCAGUAUAAAAGGAUUAGUGAGGGCUUUGUUUCUUUUGGCAGGCACUGCAGUCACUCUUGUAAUCUAUGUUUGGCUGCAAAUCUGACAUGAGCAUUGCCUUUCUUGUCCUUCUGUGUAAUUUAAUUAUAAAGGAAGAAAAAGUGUAGGGCGCUAUAUCAAGUCUUUUAAGAAUGCAGCUUAUUUUUUAGUUGUAUUUUCAACACUAAAGCCUUUCUUUUUUUUAAAGUUAUCAUUACUUGACAAAAAUGUCUCAGUCUGACAGGCCUUGUUAGAAGUGUAGUGUUACAGUAUGGAUGGCCUCUGUGUUAGAGAAUCAGGAGUGGAAGUGGGGCGAACCAAGCAAAUUACUAUAAUGGAGCCCUCAGCCAAAAGACCCUCUGUGUAUGACAGAGAGAUGGCCAGAGUGCAGUUUCAUCAGUGUGCAUUACUGUCUAGCUAACUGAGGAGAAACCAUAAUUACACUCUCCUCCGGGGGCUUGCUCCAUUAACGGUUGUAUGGAGGCAGUUGCUGUGUUUGCCUUUUCUGGCCAUGUCAUACACGCACAACAGACAGGAAAUGGAUGAGGAUAAUGGAUGCAUACUUAAUGGACUUUUCUGCUGCUGAUUUCACUGUGUUUACUCCUAGACUUGACAUGUCAACGUCUCCUUUGUUUCCAUCACUCUGUUGAAAAAUUCAUGGUAGAAGAAAAUAGAACCAUGUAUUCUGGGAAUGAUAUGCCGACAGCUGUGCUACAGUAAAGUCUGUAGACUGUAGGGUGUUAUCAGACUUUAAAAACAAAUGUUUCAGAGCAGUAAUAAAGGUCAGUUGUGGUAACAGCAUAUCUUAGUU